CAGCCGGAGAAGUUCCUGGCUAAUCCAGGAAAUGUUCAUAUUUAUGGUAAACUGGUAAACUUAAACCUAGUAGGAAGCUGUCUGUCUACGUGCCUCUCAUCUCGUACUGCCUCACUCUCAUCCUGCCUACAUCAGUCCGCCUCAUUGGAUGCUCAGCUGAGUCACUGAUAACACUUCUGCGCCACAACAGAUAAACUCUCUGAACUUGAACCUGAAAAAUGCCUGGGUUUUUUCAGUUGUUGAGAAAAAGGAAGGAGCUGAUUCCUCUGCUUGGAUUCAUAUCAUUUGCAGCCACGGGAGCCGUCUCUGCUUCGCUCUACUUCCUCUUUACUAAAAGUGAUGUCAUACUGAAUAGGAGCAACAAUCCAGAACCAUGGGAGAGAAUCGACCCAAAUAAACCACAAAAGCUUAUCACCAUCAAUCAGCAGUGGAAACCAGUGGAGGAGUUGGAGAUGGUCAAGAGGUUAACUAAGUAAAAUAAAAUGGAGGCAUCUGCUUUAACGACCUGGCCCACAGUGUGCUGACCUGCUGCCCCCCCAUCAGUCUAACAGAAUGCUCUCUGCACAAACUGGGAAAGUUUGAUGCUCAGUGUGCGGAGAUGCUUCUGCUGCACUGGUGGGGUUUCACCCUGCUGCACCUGAGGACAUCCUCUAACAGAAGUGCAGUAGAUCAUUACAGCACCAGAAGAUCUGUACUGGCUGAGGCCUGGGCGGUCAUGCAGUACCUCAGAUGUUUGUGUGAAGUAUUUGUGGAAAGAUGUUUUCUAAAUGUAAGCUGACUAAAUAUUGCACUGUAUACUGGAUUAAAUUAUUAUUGUAACCCUUGUUUGUUUUUACUGUCAGUCAGAAACACUCCUUAUCUUGUCUCCACUAUAAUUUUUAUAGCCUGCUCUGCCCCGCCCUUGAACACAUGCUGGGCACUGAGAUAGUAUUUUAAGCUCUAGGUUGUCCAGGAAACCUUUCCUGCAAUGUGCAAAUAACAAUGUGUGUUUUUGAGCUAUGAUAAGUUGUUGGAUUAGAAUUAUUGAAUAGGCAGUGCCAGUAAUUCUGCCCAUGUGUAAAAAAAAAAUUAAAUUUA